AUGGCGGCUUGCUACAUACUAACUCGUGCUACGAUAACAUUGGGAAUUCACUGUCAGCGUGUCUGCAGAACUAUUUUCUUUCCACAAGUUAGAGAGAAGAAGAGAUGGAUGAGAGCGUACGAGUCUUACCUGAGGAAGAAGUUGAAACUUGAAGGCCCUCCGCCGCCCAAACCACGCUCUCAACAGCCAAACUGGGACUAUCAUGCUGAAGUUCAGGCUUUCUGCUGCCGCCUUCAUGAAAACUUCUCACUGGAGCUUUUGAAAACAGCCUUCAUCAAUCCAUGUUACCUGCAGGCGGAGCUUGAGAGGCGACAGGCUUUGGGUGUAGACUCUGAGACUGCUGCUCUUGCGCUGACUGAUAAUACUCAGUUGAGCGCAAAGGGAAAUACAUUCUCCAGACGCUUCUUAACUGACUGGUGCACGGCCAGCUUCCCGAGCAUGCCAAGGGAGGGGGUAGAGAGCAUUGUGGCCUACCUCUCCGGUUUACCAGUUGUGACCUAUGUAGCAAGAAAUCUUGGCUUUGAUGAUCUAACCAUGAGUGCAGAAUUCCCUCUCACAGAUGAAGUGCUACAUUCUACAUUCAUGGCUGUGAUUGGAGCUCUUCUGGAGAGCAGCGGACCAGAAACAGCUGGAUUUUUCCUCAGGGAUUUCAUCCUAACUCAGCUGAUAGGGAAGGACCUCUUUGAUAUGUGGAUGGUGGUAAACCCUAUGGGUUUGCUGGUGGAGGAGCUAACUCAACGGAACAGUCCUCUUCCAGAGCCCCGCCUCAUUAGAGCAGCUGCAGCCAGUACUGUCCUGCCAUUAUACUUUGUUGGCUUGUACAGUGAUAAGAAGCUUCUGGGUGAGGGACCAGGAGAGACACUCAUUGCAGCAGAAGAAGAGGCUGCUCGGGUAGCACUGAGAAAACUGUACGGCUUUACUGAGAGCCGCAAGCCCGUCGAUUUCUCUCCACAACCACCUCAGCAACUAGUUAUUGAUUCAACAAGCAGGAGUUAAAGAAGAAACAUUUGAAGGUGAUGUGCCGGGGAAGAAAAGUGGCAUGUCUGUCCUUACAACAUAAUUUUACAAAUCUUUCAUUCGUGAACUUCGAUUUCCUACAGAUUAUACUGUUGAA